UGAGCUCCUCGGGAAGCGCAUCGUCUCCGGUGGCGGCUCUCUUCAGGAGAGCGGAGGGAGCGGAACCGGACUGGAACCACACGGUCGCCUCGCUGUAUCUGCUCGCUAGGCUCUCUGCGGAGCUCCCGCUCGGAGGGUGAAUGAGGUUGAUGCUGCUGUGUUGCACCUGGAAGGACGAGCGCAUGGGAGAGGACGAAGAUGAAGAUCACUUUAGGAGCCACCCAUGUAGAAAUCCAGAUCCUCCUGAAGCCGGCGGAAGCUUGCCCGUGUGUGCGGGGUGCAGACAGCGCAUCUACGAUGAGCAGUACCUCCAGGCCCUCAACACUGACUGGCACACAGUUUGUUUCAGAUGCUGUGAGUGCAGUGCCUCUCUGUCUCACUGGUACUAUGAGAAAGAUGGUCGUCUCUACUGUAAGAAAGACUACUGGGCGAAGUUUGGAGAGCUGUGUCACGGCUGCUCCGAGCCCAUCACCACCGGCCUUAUCAUGGUUGCCGGAGAGCAGAAGUAUCACCCCGAGUGCUUCACCUGCCUGAACUGCAGAACCUUCAUCGGCGAUGGAGACACCUACGCUCUGGUGGAGAGGUCCAAGCUCUACUGUGGACACUGUUAUUACCAGAACAUUGUGACCCCGGUGACCUUGCCAGACUCGCCCUGCUCCCGCAUCCCCCACACGGUCACUCUGGUGUCCAUCCCGGCCUCCACUGACGGCAAGCGUGGCUUCUCCCUGUCCAUCGACCAGGGCAGCAGCCCAAACGGCUACGGCCCUGACCACAACCACACGGUGCGCGUGUCCGAGGUGGAUGCUGAGAGCAUCAGUCCAGAUGUGAAGAACUCCAUACAUGUCGGCGAUCGCAUCUUAGAGAUCAACGGGACCCCCAUCCGGAAUGUUCCACUUGACGAGAUCGAUCUGCUCAUCCAGGAGACGAGUCGGCUCCUGCAGCUGACCAUCGAGCAUGACCCCCAUGACCAGGGGGGCUCGGGGGACCAGGUGGACGGCCCCAGCCCCCUGUCUAGGGUUCCCAGCCCCAUCACUCCCAUCACUCAACCCCCACACCAGGACGUCAACAGCCUGCGCUCGCGCGUGAUCACGCGAAGCUACAGUAUUGAUAAGUCUCCAUGCUCCAGUAACACGGCGUCCCCGCUCUCUCUGCGGAAGGACAUCGGACGCUCUGAGUCGCUCCGGGUGGUGACCAAUCGCACGCACAGAAUCUUCCGGCCCUCCGACCUCAUCCACGGAGAGGUUCUGGGAAAGGGCUGUUUUGGCCAGGCCAUAAAGGUGACCCACAGAGAGACGGGUGAGGUGAUGGUGAUGAAGGAGCUGAUCCGUUUUGAUGAUGAGACUCAGAUGACUUUCCUGAAGGAGGUCAAAGUGAUGCGAUGCCUGGACCACCCGAAUGUGCUGAAGUUCAUCGGGGUCCUCUACAAAGACAAGCGGCUGAACUUCAUCGCAGAAUACAUCAAAGGAGGCACACUGAGAGAAAUCAUUAAGAAAAUGGACAGCAGCUAUCCUUGGGCUCAGAGAGUGAGCUUUGCGAAGGACAUUGCCUCGGGGAUGGCUUACCUGCAUUCCAUGAACAUCAUCCACCGAGACCUCAACUCGCACAACUGUCUGGUCAGAGAGAAUAACAGCGUUGUGGUGGCUGACUUCGGCCUGGCUCGGCUCAUGGUGGAGGACAAAAACCCGGAGAAGCUGGGGAAGAUCCAGGGGAUGAAGAAGCCGGACAGGAGGAAGAGGUACACGGUGGUGGGCAACCCCUACUGGAUGGCUCCAGAAAUGAUUCACGGAAAAAGCUACGAUGAAAGGGUCGACAUCUUUUCCUUCGGCAUCAUGCUGUGCGAGAUCAUCGGGAGAGUGAACGCUGACCCAGACUACCUGCCCCGAGCCAUGGACUUUGGCCUCAAUGUGAAGGGCUUUCUGGAACACUACUACACUCCAGACUGCCCCACCUCCUUCUUCCCCAUGGCGGUCCUGUGCUGCGACCUGGAUGCGGAGAAGCGGCCUGCUUUUGCCAAGCUGGAGGAAUGGCUGGAGAACCUGAAGAUGCAUUUGGAGAUGCGGUUCCCUCUGGUCUCGGAGUUGGAGCAGGUUCACCGAGACUUCUGGCAGAAGCACCCGCCCGGCGAGAACAGGCUGCCCACUCACCGAGAGCAGCCCGAGUAGCCAGUCGGGGCUGGAGCAGAUGGUGUUUUUGUUCAGACCCUGCUGGCUGAAGGCGGAAGGGUUUUUGGGCAGUGGCACUGUGCCAUGGUGCACAGGCCUACUGCAAGGUUCUGCCCAUGACAGGAGGUCCGGAAGAAGUUUUGGCUGCCCCCGCGGUGGAUUCAGAGGGGCUCGUUUCAAGCAAAGUACCCCAUCACCUUCUCCUGGUAGCCAGGAUAUCUUUCCUCCACCAUCGCUUUAGCCUCUUCUCUUCUCGUCUGACCACUGUUCUUGGGAUCUUCCAUUGUGUGCAUUGUGACUUGAACUGGACCCAGUGGAGGAUUAUUGAUGUCAGCUACUUUCCAUCUACUUUCCAUCAACGUUCUCGGUCGAAAGGCGAUUUCAGGACCUGGAGUUGUUGUUUUUGUGUGUGAGAUGUUUACAGGUGUUUCCUCAGCCUAGCUUGAUUUCACAUUGAUCUGAUUUACUGCUGAAUCGUGUGGCUUCAAACUGCUAAAGGGGGCGUUUUAAGGGGGCGCUGUUGUCUACAAAUCCAACAUGGUGGGGGGGGAUGUGGGGGGGGUAGUGCAUGUUUGUAGAUACUCAUUUUUCCUUGCGCUGCUUAUUGUUUUACCCUCAACAAAGUGGCACUGAUUAUGGGUCAAAACUGACCCCCCUCGUCUCGUUUUCGUCUCUCGAUCCGUGUAGCGUCAACAAUGUUCUGUCCUCAAGGUACACUCGUCAGAGUUUGGUACAUUUUACUCUUUUACAUUCAUAACUGUCUGUCUGUGCGCUUGAGGUGAGGCCCAAAACGAUGUGUAUAUAGCAAAUUAUGUUACAUAUUGUAAAUGUUUUAGAUAUUGUAUAUGUACAGACAUUAUUUUGUAUACAGUUGUGACAUUGCCAUAUUUUUAAUUGGGCUACGUGUUGGAAGUGAAAGACUAGUCCAGCUUACAUCACCUGAGAGACUUCCUUUUUCGUGCAAAGGUCCUGAGAGAUACAGUAGGUGUGAAAUGUGGAGGAUCUCUGCAUUUUCUGAGUGUUUGCUUUGCUGUAAAAGUUACUUUAUUUACUGUCCCUACAGGAGGCAGCAGUAUAACGACACACUGAAAUGUUCUUGAGUAUCUCACAGUUCGGUAAUCACGGCCCAGCAGACCUCUGUAGUCGGCGUCUUGGCCAUAUAAGGAAAUCCGGGUCUAAGCCAUUUAUUUCUAUGGGGAACAUCAAUGGCGUUUUCCAGUAUUCCACAGCGGAUACAUUUUUUCCUUUCCCCAAAAGUGACUGGGUCCUUAUGAGCCUGUUUAAAUAGAAAUAGUCGAAAUAGAAAUAUUUCUGCGCAAAAUUGGGUCUAAGCCAUUUAUCUCUAUGGGAAACAUUGAUGGCGUUUUCCAAUAUUCUGAAGUAGACACAAUUUUUCCCACAAAAGUGACUGGAUCCUUACGAUCCUGUUUAAGUGGAAAAAUACAAGGUGAUUCAAAAAGAUUCAUCUGAUUUCAAAAUGAUUUAUUUCACUUGUAAAUCAUUACAGAACGAUGCAGUAAACUGUAAAUGGUUUAAUUGAGC